AUGUCAACCGAGACCAAACCCAAAACAACGUGCCGGUGGGCGGCGUUGUCCCUGUCCAACAUCGCGUCAGUGUUCCUCCCAGAUCUACUCGGUCGUGAGGAGGCACAGUACGACCACAAGCUGGUGGCCGUCAGCACGACGGGCACAAAUGAGCGAGCACAGAACUGGUUCAAGGACAACAAGAUCCCAGACGCCGAGAACAUCGUCGUCUACAACUCGUGGCAGACGAUGUUGGAGCAGGGCGACUUUGACAUCGUGUACAUCUCGACGCCGCACACGCUGCAUUACGAAGAGGUGAUGAAGGCGCUCCAGUGCAAGAGAAACAUCCUGGUCGAGAAGCCGGCGACCAUGAACGCGGCGCAGUACCGCAAAUGCGUCGACCUCGCGACUCAGCAGGGCGUCGUGCUCAUGGAGGCCAUGUGGACGCGCCAUCUCCCCGCGACGAGGUACCUGCAGGAGGAGCUCCUGCCCAAGAUCGGCAAGGUGAGGAGGGUGUACUCGGACUUCUCGUUCCCCAUCGUCGGGCCGGACCUCCAGGACACGUCGCGGUUUCUGGACAAAGCGGCCGGCGCCGGCGCGCUGCUCGACCAGGGUGUCUAUGCGCUGACGUGGGCGGACCUCGCCCUGAACGGCGUCGAGGUCGGCGAAACGAACGUGGCCCACUCCAGUUCCUGGAGCGUCCCGGGGAGGCCCGGCGAGGUCGACGACAUCAACACCGUGGUGCUUGCGAGCAGCAGCAAGGGAGCCACCGCCAUCGUCACGACCAGCAUGACCAUCCCUGGAUCGAGCAAGCCUGCCUUCUACGUUCGCCUCGGCGCCCAGAAGGCCGCUCCUUCGGUCAGGAUCGAAGGCACAGAAGCCUCGGUGGCCAUUCCCUUUCCGCCCAUUCGGCCGGAGGAGCUGCACGUGCAAUGGUACGGAUACGAUCACUUGAAUGAGGAUGGCACGGAAAAGAACGAGGUCAUCAAGAAACCCGUCGUUGGCUGGGGGAUCUGGUAUCAGGCGGACGUCAUCGCGGCCGCCGUGUUCAACAAGCAACCCGGCGUGAUAGGCGCCCAGGAGAGCUUGAGGGUGUUGGGAUGGAUGGACCAGGCUCGGGCACAGGCAGGUAUAACAUAUGACGAGAAACUGGAGCAAGUGUAA